AUGACGUCGCCCGUUCGUGGAUCGCAGGGAAGCGAGCACGCCGAAGCUGCCUUUUCCUCCUCCUCCACCACCAGCGUCGACCCUCUAGCCGGAACCUCGUGGCUCCCUGAUGAGCUACGGAAGCAGGCGAUGGCGGCGAGUGCCCGGCGGCGCCGCGCCACCAUCUCGGGCCUGCCGCCACGGCCGAGCUCAACCCGGAGCGAAUCGCGCCCGGGCGACGAGUCUCUAGCGCCGCCCUCGGUUAGAGUGUCAAUCUCGCGCGCUUCUUCGGCAAUCAACCUGGCCCUCAUCGAGGAACUGCUCCAGGAGUCGACCGCGGGGGCCAGCACGUACGGCGUGGAGGAGUCGCGGGACAGCUUCUUCGACGCCUUUUUCCUGAAACCGCCCCAAAUCAACUACUGCGAACUCAUGAAGGAUAUCGAGUCCGUGCUUCCCGAGCACAUGCAGCCCAAGAACUUCUUCUCCAUCAAGCGCUACGUCAGGGGCCAGUGGGAGGGCCUCAGGGCCUCCGCGACGGAUGCGUUCAAGACGCGGUCCGGCAUCCUCACCAUAAAGUCCUUUCUCGCCUUUUACAUCGCUUACAUCCUCUGCCUCAUUCCCGCGGUCACCGACUGGAUGGGCCGGUACGCGUACGUCAUGGCGGUGUCGGCCAUUAUCAAUCAUCCCGGUCGUACCAUUGGCGCGCAGAUCGACGGCGCCGUUCUGACGACCGUGGGUACGGCCGCCGGGCUGGCGUGGGGAUCCAUCGGCUUGGCCCUCUCGGCGCUCUCCGGUUCGCUCUACAACCUGACCCUGGCCGUAUUUCUCGGCACGUUUAUGGCCUUUGUUGCCUAUCUCCGAUCGUACUUCAUCCGGCUAUAUCAGCUGGUCGUCUGUGCGGGCAUGGCCAUCAGCUACACUUGCCUCGCCGAGGUUGAUGGAGACGUUGUGAAGUGGAACAAGAUAUGGCACCGAAGUGUUCCACCGAACAUUCUCAGCCAUGGAUGCCUCGUGGUGCCCCGCCCCAGGGAUUACGGAAUGCGUCAGCGUCUCUCGCAAGCCUUUUUCGACCUGUCGACGGUCUACCGAGACACCAAGCUAGACAUCACCAUCAUCCGCUGCAGCAUGGAUAACCUCGAAGAGCUCCGAAAUCGCAUGCAGAGCGUCAUCCGAGGCAUCCUCAACAUGAGGCUAGAUUCCGACCUGCUCAACGACAUGCUCUGCGGACGGCCAAUGACGGGAAGAAGCCGCACGUCCCUUCUCAGCGAUCGAAGUCUUGGAACGAUGGGUCGGUCCGGCCUGAGCAGUCGCCGCGUGUCCGUCAUGUCGGACGACGGCGUCAUCCAGAUGGGAACCAACACGCUCCGUGAGCCGACGCAGGCGUUGAUCGAUGGCAUGAGGGAUGGCCUAAGAGCCUGCGACGCUGCCUUUAUGGACAUCACCAGCGCGUUCGACGCCGUCGAGACCACCCUUGCGGACAUCCAGGGGAUUCGGGACUACAACCCUGAUAUCGUGAGGAUGCUUAGCCUCGCCCAGUCGGUGCGGAUGGCUGCCGAUCCCAUCGUCAGCUUGAUCACGAACCUGCGCCAUGUGCUAGGGCAGUCAAGUCACAUUCACUUUCACCCGCCUGCCUACAAGUUUUGGAAAUCCUUGACCCUCACCAAUUCUCAAGUGCGCCAUGACCGCGGAGCAGUCACUCCAAGCGCGUACCAUCAAACUUUUGUAAAGACUAUGCGGCUCGUUGAGGACAUACAGGCGCGCGAGUAUCUCCCCGCCAACGCAGAGGACGAUGAACAACCGUCCCCGAAGCCCGCAUUCGACAACAAGAACGGGUUCAGGGGAUGCAAACCCCCAAACGACCAGGCACAAGCGAUCCGGUCUCGCCGGAUGCCUGACUUUGCCGUCGUCUCUCUAGGACUAGUGGCCGAGAGACAGCACCCUAUACUGGCCUGGUAUCGCGGUCUAGCCAUCCUAGUCGGCGUGACCGCAGCCACCAUCGUCAACUGGAUCGUAUGGCCCUUCAUCGCGCGACACGAGCUCCGAACAUCCUUGUCCUAUAUCCUCUUCUUCCUCGGCAUCAUAUCAAGAGACAUCGUCACCAAAUACAUCUACUACCAAGAAUCCCAACCCGCCACCCCCGCCGACAUGCGCGAAUCCGAAAUCCUCGACUCCCACUUCCGCGAGAGCCUCGUCCGCGUCCGCGAGCUCCUCCUCCUCACCCGCCACGAGCUCCGCCUCCGCGGGCCCUUUGACCCCUUGCCCUUCGCCGCCCUCAUCAACGCCUGCGAGGGCUACUUCAACGACCUCUACGUCGUCCGCCAGUGCGCCCUCUUCUACGCCACCGAUUUCGUCCGCGCCGGCGACGCUGCGAAAAAGAUCCUCGGCUUCCGCAGGGAUUCCAUCGCCAGCAUGCUGACCAACCUCUACGUCCUCUCCGGCGCCCUCUACGCCGGCAGCAAGGUCCCGCGCUAUCUUCCCAGCGCCGCCAUCGCCCGAAAACGCCUCAUCGACGCCAUCGCCGAGUUCGAAGACGAACUCAUCCAACCCACCGCCGACGAGCAGACAGAGCAUGGCAAACUCGCCCUCGUCUAUCGCUACUCCUUCAACGAGAGCUUGACGCGAUGCGUCGCCUAUCUCGAGUCCAUGGAAAAGUACACCAAGCUUAUUGUCGGGGAGAUGGGCUUCGACAGCGAAUUUAAAGAUAGCUCCGAUGAAGAAUCUGAAUCAGACCAAGAUGAAUAG